AUGGACAAUCCUGCCAUGCAGCAUGAUGGGCCACGAGUGUCAACAGACGCUCAUCAUAGACGUCGUUCCAAAGCCAGACAAGAUUCAAGUGUGGAUCUAUGGGCUACUGUGGAUAAAUCUCGUCUAGAUCAAGAUGCUCACAUCAUUCCACUUGAUGACCUCUACCAACGUUUUCAUACAGACCAACGCCAUGGUUUAUCCAGUGGUCAUGUCGCAGAUGCUCGUGCCCAGUAUGGCUCAAAUAAGCUUACGCCACCAAAACAACCGAGUUAUAUUUGGUUGUUGUUCAAAGAAUUGUUUAUGGGAUUCAAUAUCAUUCUUUGGUUUGCUGGUGUUCUCGCUUUUCUUGCUUGGAAACCAUUUGGUGAACCUAAUCCACCAAUAUCCAAUUUAGCCUUGGGUGUCGUACUAUUAUUGGUCAUUACUUGUAACUCCGUUCUGAACGUCUAUCAACAACUCAAAUCAAUCAAAAUCGUCGCGGCUUUUUCCAAACUUCUACCUACCCUGGCCACUGUUCGACGAGAUGGAAGUGAACAACAAGUCGUCACUGACGAGAUCGUUCCAGGUGACAUCAUUCUCAUUCGAAUGGGUGAUAAACUGCCAGCUGACUGUCGGUUCAUUGCCUGUGAUGGUCUCAAGGUGAACACGUCCGAGCUGACAGGUGAGUCGAAGCCAAUAACAGCAUCGGUUCGUUGUUCGAGUGAAGUGUUCAUGGAAUCGACGAACAUCGGUUUCUACUCGACCAUGGUUGAACAAGGAACAGGGGAAGCGGUAGUGAUUGCCACCGGUGAUAAUACCGUGUUGGGUAAAAUGUCAAAACUUACCCGCGGCAGUUCAGGCGAUGAAAUCACGGGUUUGCAUCGUGAAGUUAACCGAUUCGUACUGUUUGUCUUGGUUUGUACUGUAAUUGCUAUUGGAAUUUUGUGGAUAACAUGGGGUGCAUGGUUGAAUAAAGACCAUGCAGCAUUUCUUAGCUAUAAUGGAAAUAUUGUGAAUUCAAUUGGUAUGAUUGUCGGCUUUUUACCAGUAGGUCUACCAUCUGCCGUCACUCUGGUGUUGACUAUUGUUGCUAAACAAAUGUACCGACAACGAGUCUUGGUGAAAAGCUUACAGAUUGUCGAAACGUUCAAUGCGGUGUCGGUCAUCGCUACAGAUAAAACUGGAACAUUAACACAGAACAAGAUGACUAUCACCCAUUUGUUAUGGGAUACACACGGUGUUUACAAAGUGCCAUUGCCUAAGCAUGAAGCAGCGAAACCAGAAGGUCUUAUACAAACGAUUCGUCGACUUUCGUCUGGUGUUAUGGAUACAGCCCGUCGUUUAUCCGUUGGAGCAGCAACUAUGGUGCGCAAACUAUCAACAGGAAAUAUCAAUCAACCUCAACGAAUGCCGUCCUUGAAUGAUGAUAAUGAAAAAAAUAACAUUCCUAAUGAAGCCAGUGAAGUUCAAAUUCAAGCAUUUCGCGAUCUGCUACUCGGUGCAGCACUUUGUAACAAUGCUGAGAAACAGAUGGUCCAAGAUGCACAGAUCGGGCAAGAUAUAUCACAAAUGAAAUCGGAGUUACGUGUUGUCGGUGAUGCUGCGGACACUGCCUUGUAUCAUCUCUGUGUUGAUCGGUGUUUUGUCGAUAUCGAAAAAGUUCGCCAGGUCAAUCCACGAUUGAGAGCUUUGCCGUUUAACUCGGCCAAUAAGUUUAUGAUAACAGCUAAUCAAUUGGAAGCAGCAGAUCCUUCAGUACCUGAAAGAGAUCGCACUGUCUUGGUAACUCUGAAAGGAGCUCCAGAUAUUAUUAUUCAACGAUGCUCGGCCUAUAAAACUGAAGCUGAUGACAUUGCCCCAUUGACUGAAGAGAUGAAGAAGUCGUUAUUCGCGCGACAAGAAGAAUUAGGCAAAAGUGGCUACCGUGUUAUUGCUAUGUGUCAGUUAAGAUAUACGCGGCGACAAUACGAUGAUAUGAUGGAAAAACAUAAAGAACAACUACGCUCAAAUCCUCAGAGCGAUGAUCUUAUCGGAUUUGCCCCUAAUGGCUAUUGCUUCAUUGGCCUCUUCUCACUACUCGAUCCACCUCGACCCGAAGUUCCAGACGCUGUCAUCAAAGCUCGACGAGCUCAGAUUCGAGUUGCCAUGGUCACCGGUGACCAUCCAACCACUGCAAAAGCCAUCGCCAAACAAGUCAACAUCUUCACGCCUGAAAUCGCCGACAUCAACGGAGUCGAUUCCUUCAAACUUGAACAAGGCGCCAACGGAAACUACAUGCUCAAUCUCUAUCGAAACGACAAACUCAUUCAACAGCACGAGCCAGGCGAGAUCAAACGAACCGAUUCACUGUCGAAGAACGCCCGAGAAAUGCAGCGACGAGCAUCGAUCGCAGCAGGUGAGAUUGUUCCUGAGAAUCCGCCGUGGUAUGUUCGUGCAUGGCGCUCCAUUCGUAAUCAGUUCGUUGAACCAGAAACUGAUAUCGAGCCCACGGACAAGAUGGAAUACAUUCCUUAUGCAAUCGUUGUAGCUGGCGCUGACAUCAAUCACAUGGAUGACUUCAUGUGGGACUGGGUAUUAUCUCAUCAAGAGUUGGUAUUUGCUCGAACGACACCUGAGCAGAAGCUGCAGAUCGUGACAGAAUUUCAGAGACGAGCAGAGAUCGUGGCUGUGACAGGUGAUGGUACGAACGAUGCACCUGCGCUGAAGUGUGCACAUCUUGGUGUUGCUAUGCAAUCGGGAACGGAAGUGUCGAAAGAAGCUGGUGACAUGAUUUUAUUGGACAAUAAUUUUGCAUCGAUUAUCCAAGCGAUUGAAACGGGCCGUUUGUUAAGUGACAACUUGAAGAAAGUCGCUGUCUAUCUUCUGCCGGGAGGUUCUUGGACACAAAUCUGGCCGGUGUUCUUCAAUCUUUGGUUUGGUAUGCCUCUUGCGUUAUCUGCCUUUCAAGCUACUAUUUUUUGUAUGGUUAACGAUGUUUUCAUGUCGCUUGCUAUGGUAACUGAAAAACCAGAACGUGAUAUCAUGGCUCGUCCACCAGCUAUUCGCUCAAAAGAUCAUUUGCUCAACUUGAAAUUACUCUUCCACGCAUAUGGACUUGCUGGUAACCUCGAAUGCUUCACAGCUUUCUUCUGCUUCUGCUACUAUUGGAUCGAUAAUCACGUGCCAUUUUAUUCCUUCAUGUUUACUUUUGAAAACUUCGGUGUCGAUCCUCUCACACCAUAUUCGGUUGCACAACUAACAGAGAUGACAUAUGUUGCCCAAUCAGUAUACUAUUGUGCAGCAUGUUUGUUUCAAUUUUUCAAUUACUUUGCUACGCGCACUCGAUACACUUCGAUUAUCGAGCACAAUCCAUUUUGGGGCAAAAGUCGAAACUGGUACGUUUUCCCGGCAAUGCUCAUAUCUGCUGGUGUUCAAAUACUUAUCACUCAAGUAGUCUGGUUUAAUCAUGUUUUUCUCACUGGGCCCGUUCCUGUUAAAUAUGUUAUGCCAGCAUUAGGAUUCGGCGCAUUCUGGUUACUCUUCGAUGAAUUAAGAAAACUGUGUAUCAGAAAAUUUCCCCGCAGUAUAGUUGCACGGAUGGCAUGGUAA